AAAAACUCCCAGUGCGUUGCCGUACCCAAAAACUCACAAAUCUGGCCCAGUUGCAUUCAUUCGGGAAUAUCAUGAGUACAUGACUGAGUGGGAACCAGCACUAGAAGAUGUUUACAAACUUAUGCGGGAACCAACUAACAUAAAGGAUCCGAAUGCUGUUGCAAUCGUAAGAGAAAAAGCCGACAAAACAGUGAUGGAUGGAGACGGUCACCCGAAUACUCUAGUUGACGAUUACGAAGUUAUCAGGCAUAUUCCCAAACUGAUGUCAACGUGGGUUAUCUAAUAUCUCAAGAGACCUACGAACUGUGAGAAAGUCGUAGUCAAAGGGAAGUGGGUGAACAGAGGUGGUGGCUAUGGACUCGAGAUUCCUUGUGAAUACAUAUUUGAAGGUGACAGUUUUUCUUCUAGCUGGCUAAAGCGGAAAUUGGUAAUCGAGGAAUUUGAUGCGACUGAUCCGCACAAGACCACACAAGUCUCACAAGGCGAUUAGCCAUAGUAAUUAGAUUAGACAGUUAAAAUAUGACGAAAUAUGACGUGCACUAUCUGUUGUCAUGCUGACAAAUAUUGUUGAUGACCGUUUAAUAGAGAUGAAAAACAAUGAAAUCAACCAAUUGGGACCCUCCUUUGGUGACCGCAUCCGCUUAAUAGAGGUGACCGCUAAAUAGAGGUCAAGUUUACAGUAAACAUAAGGGGGGAAAUUCGGGACUUUGGUAAAUGACCUUUGAAUAGAGGGUGACCGCUCAAUAGAGGGCCGCUUAAAAGAGGUUCGACUGUAUAUACAAAGUCUAGAAGACAAAAUCAAUGACCUUUUUGAGUUUAAAGCCAGCCAAGAAGUCUGUAACCAGGACCUAGAUGAAAAACUUAUUAAAGAGAUUCAGCAAACUGGAAACUUCCGUAGUCAACUCGAGGAGCUUGAAGCACGUUAUAUUAUGAAAACAAAAGUAUUACUGCGGUGUAAUCAAAUGUUGGAAGGAAGAAUUAGUGCCUUAGCCAAGGCGCAUGAAGAGGAGGUCAAGGAUCUUAAGAAAACUAUAUCAAAACUUCAUUCGGAAAUUAGCGCUCUAAAAAAACAAGUCGGAACCAUAAAGACGUCCCUAGAAUUUCUUGAAACCUCAGUAAUUAACGAGGCCGAAGAACCAGCCCCGUCACCAGCACCGGACCGAUCUACUAGUGAACCAACAUCUUCGCCGGAACGGGUCGUUGAAGAGCAGGUUUCGCCUGAGAUUUCUCAGCAGCCACGGAGACUAUCAGUAAGUUCAACAGAGGAGGACCGUGGACAGGAACUCACAACUGUACGGGAAAACAACCCGGUGCCAAAGGCUUUAAUCAUCGGCGACUCCAUGAUCAAGGGAAUAAAUGAAAACCGUCUAAGUCAAUCGCUCAUUGUUAGAAGCGGCACCAAAGAGACCCUCCAAUAUCUGAAGUCUCUGGAUGAUAAUGUGGUCUACGAAUCGGUCUUUAUACAUACUGGAACAAACGACAUCCGUGGGUAUACAUCAAUUACCCAAAUAGAGGAAAACAUCGAUCUAAUCAUUCAAGAAGUGAAGUAAAAAUGGCACGGCUGUAAAGUAAAAAUAUCGGGAGUGAUCCUGCACUCCGAUUACAGCAAAAAUAGCAUGAUAAAUUUGCUCAAUAGAAGACUCCACAAUAAGUACGCCAUUGGAGAAUAUCGAGACGUUAGUUUCGUCGACAAUACAAAUGUAGUUCUGUUUAACACUGGGGAAGUUGAUCACACGGUAUUUUAUAGAGAUAACCUGCACCUGAGCAGAACCGGUACUCGUAUAUUUGCCGCAAACGUAAAAUUUGCGUUAGGGCUGAGGGAGUCAGCAGAGCUUCAUCGAGACAGUCAGUUAAUGGCCCUGUUAAAUCAAUAUAUUGUACCGGCACCGCCUACUAACUUUUCAACACAAUAAGCAUAUGCCAGGCAAUCUUAGAGUAGGUUUCUGAAAUAUUCACGGGUUUCGUUCCCGUCAAUUAGGUCAAAUAAACUACAACUGCACGAAGUACAAAAUAUUUCUUCUGCACAUGACUUUUUUGGCGUUGUGGAAACACAUGCCACUGACCAAUUUUCAAACUUUGAGUUUCCUAAUUAUAAUUACUAUAAAAUAAUUACUAUAUAAGGUAUUGCAGUAUAUUUCCGUAAAGAACUUAAACAAGGCAUUUCAUACAUUUCAACUGAUAACGCCAUUUGGUGUAAACUAGACAAGUCUUUUUUUUCAUACUAGCAAAGAUGUUUACAUUGCAACCGUCUAUUUUAGCCCAGAAAACUCAGAUAGGCAAACACAAAGCGAUUAUCUUGACGACCUUGAAGUGGAAUUAUUGAAGUUUUCGCAGCGUGGCUACAUUCUGAUUCAGGGUGACUUAAAUGCAAGGUGUGGCCAAUUGCAGGACCAAUCGCUCUUUGAAGGGGGAGAUAAAUUUGGCGACGAUUGCGGCCUUGUUUCGAUCCCGAGUAGAAAAUCCCAAGAUGAGACUGCUGACCGUAGAGGUAAGGACCUAAUAGAAUCAUGCAUCUCAAAUAACCUAAGUAUUUUGAAUGGAAGAAUGAUGGGUGAUCGGCUAGGGCGGAAAACGUGCUUCCAAUAUAAUGGUUCUAGCCUUGUAGAUUAUGUCAUUGGCAGUAGAAACUUUUUAACCCCGAACCCGACAAUAUACUAAAUGAAGUAA